GUGCCGAUGAAUUUUCCUGGUACACAGCAUUUUCAUCUACAAGUCGUAGUAAUUAAAUAAUCACCAACAUCUGGUAAUGAAAAUAAAUGAACUUUCCAGACAGCUGUAGAUGAUAUUACUACCCAACAUGUAGGCUACAUAUGUAAAUUAAUCAUACCAGAGAUUCUUCAGAACUGAAAACAAGCUGUCGCCAUACAUAAAAUACCUUGAUCUACACAGCUUAACAGCAAUUUCCAACUCCAGCUCUUGCAAAGACACGUCUCUCGUAAGCUUUAAGACAUGUUUUGGAUUUUAUUCAUCGCACACAUUGGUUUUGUAUUCUCUCAAUGUGAUCCGCGUUCCUGUACUCUACCUAGAUGUCAUUGCGCGGGGUACAACUCCCCGGAAGGUUUACAAACCCGUGAUACGCCACAGAUGGUGGUUCUUUCCUUUGAUGAUGCAGUGAACGAUCACAAUGUCGAUUUUUACCGCCGCUUGUUCACGGCAAAACGACGGAACCCAAAUGGCUGUCCAAUCACUGGAACUUUCUAUGUCUCUGACGAAGGCCGUACGGAUUACAGUUAUGUUCAAAGAUUGUAUCAGAAAGGGCAUUCUAUCGCUACUCACAGCGAAACCCAUCGUUACCCGGCGAGCUGGUGGGAAAAGGCCUCCUUAAGGAAAUUGGCAAUAGAACUGGAAGGGCAUAGAAGGAGUAUGGCAAAACUUGCAAAGAUACCUUACGAACAUUUAAUCGGAGCGAGAGUCCCGUUUCUUCAACAGUCGGGCGACAAACUUUACACCGUUUUAGAAUAUUACGAUUUUACGUUCGAUUCCUCAUUCUUAACAGGACCAACCAACAGGGAUGAAUUCCUGCACUACCUUCCAGUGUGGCCUUUCACGUUAGACUACCCCCCAGAUCCCAGCUUCCAUCCUUUCCUGUGUGAUCUCCCUCCAUGUCCAACCAAAAGCUAUCCAGGUUUGUGGGAGGUUCCGGUCAUAAGGAUGCUCGGACACACGGACAUGUGCGCCAUGGCGGACAGUUGUGAGAUGAAGGAUGAAAUCGACACCGUGGAAUACCUCAACAUGAACUUCAAACGCCACUACGAAGGCAACCGCGCGCCCUUCAUCCUUUCAAUGCACGCAACAUGGUUCACCAGAUCUCCAUUCACUUUUAACGCGGUUGAACGGUUUUUGGACAACCUCUUGGAACUCCCAGACGUCUGGGUAGUCAGCGUGGAGCAGGUGCUAGAGUGGAUGCAGAGACCGACGCCUUUAAGUAAAAUGAAAGACUUUGAGCCUUGGCUAGCCACACGUUGGUGUAAAAAGUAAAAAUAGCUUUGAUCUCAAUGAGUACACAAA